AGGGGGUGAGUGCGCGGCGGGGUGGCGGUGUCCUCGGCGCAUGCUCUAUUGUGCCGGAGGCCUGACUUGCGCGACCCCACGUUACUUCAGUACACAGCUGAGAGGCCCAAGGUGAUAUAUCGUGCUUCUUAGAUCGUAACGUUCCGUGUUAAAAAAUAUUCCACUUUCCAAAAAGAUGAAGCCAAAACUAUCAAACAAAUACCUCCAAAUCGUAACGCGUCUUAAACACACAAAGUUGUGACGCACAAUUACCAACACCCGACUCGAAUUAUUUUUAAUAUUUUAAUCAUUUAUAAAUGUUAGGAAAAAUACUUUUACUAUCUUCUUUAUAACCUUUAUCUUAAGUCUGUAUUUAAUACCUAUUUUUCUAAGGAACGAUGACUGUUUGAACUUGGAGAAGGGGAUUGUUAGUGAGAAGUUUUAACCAUUUUUAUAGAAAGAAGCAAAGCUCAUUGUUAGUUGUUUCGUUGCGUAAACAUAAAUAGAAAAUCUACAUUGCAUAGGUGCUAUAUAAGGGAUUGAAAAUAAUAAAAAUACAAUAGAAUAAAGUAAUAGUAUGGAACCGUACGAUCCAGAUUUGUUUUGGUUGGUGAUAUGUGGUUUCGUGGUAGCGUUUAUGCUGGCUUUCGGCAUUGGCGCCAAUGAUGUGGCCAACUCGUUUGGCACCAGCGUGGGCUCCAAGGUGCUCACGCUAACACAAGCUUGCAUACUCGCCACUAUCUUCGAGAUCGCCGGGGCUGUUUUGAUUGGUUAUAAGGUAUCAGACACGAUGCGCAAGGGUAUUCUGGACGUGUCGCUGUACACGGACGGCGGUGAGCGGCUUCUGGCGGCGGGCUGCCUGGCCGCGCUGCUGGCGAGUGCAGCUUGGUUACUGGUGGCGACCGCGCUGCGUCUGCCCGUCUCCGGCACCCACUCCGUAGUCGGCGCCACUGUCGGCUUCACGCUCACCGCUAAAGGACCCGUCGGCAUACGCUGGUCUACCCUCGGAGCAAUCGUGUUAUCUUGGUUCAUCUCCCCGGCGCUAAGCGGCGCAGUGUCGGCCAUGAUGUUCUGGCUGGUGCGUCGGUUUAUUUUGCGCGCGCCCGAGCCGCUCGUGUCCGGUUUACGCGCGCUGCCAUUCUUCUAUGGCGCCACUGUAGCCGUCAAUGUUGUCAGUGUUGUGCAUGAUGGACCCAAAUUACUUUCGAUGGACAAGAUACCGAUGUGGAUAGCGUUGUCGGGGUCUAUUGCCCUGGGCGUGUUGGUGGCCGCGCUCGUGCGGAUCUUCCUGGUGCCCUACUACCGACGUUGCCUCUCCGCACCGCCUGUUAACUUUACAUUAGGAUUAUCCAAUGAAACAACACCAGCGAACACACCGACACAUUUCGACAAAAGUGGAAUAGUGCAGCGUCCUACAUCUUUGCUGUCAGACGACGGAAAACUCCUCGAGGCGAUCGCUGAGAGCGCUGAGAUGGUAACACUGAGCGACGCCGACAAAGGUUCUAUGGACGUGCGAGAGAUGAACGCGAGGAACCGAGCUUUGCUGGCCACCAUGGACGACUGCAGCAUCCUCUCGAGAAGUUUGAGCCCGCCGAACCAUUCAAGACUUCAAUUAGUAGACGCAGACCCUCAAAUCAACACCUUAAAGUAUAUCGACGAGACUCUGAGCUGCUGCAAGAGCUUGGACUCGUCGCAGCUCGCGGGCAUGGGCGAGAGCUACGGCUCCGGCUCGAGAAAUGGCUUCCUCGGUGACUCCUGUGAUACUAUAGCCCGGGGAGAGAGCAACAGAGCGAAUGCUUCGCCACCACCGCCGCCGCCUCGGCUCGACAAGGGUCCGGAGAGCAGCGCGUGGAGCAUAGAGCGCGACGGGCGCGAGCUGCGGGAGGGGCGGGCGGCGUUGCCGGCGCUGACGCCAAACUCCAGCGCGGCGCCGCUGUUGCGCGCCGGCAGCCCCCGCCGCGCCCCCCCGCCCCCACCUCCCGACACGCUGCGUCUCUUCUCCUUCCUGCAAGUGCUCACCGCGACCUUCGGUGCCUUCGCUCACGGAGGAAACGAUGUCAGUAACGCGAUCGGUCCGCUGGUUGCGCUGUGGCUGCUGUACUCGGAGGGCGGGGCGCACGCGCGCGCGGAGACUCCGCUCGCCAUCCUCGUGUUCGGGGGCGUUGGCAUCGCGCUCGGUCUGUGGCUGUGGGGCCGCCGCGUCAUACAGACCGUGGGCGAGGACCUCACUAGCAUCACUGCCGAUACGGGAUUCACAAUCGAGCUGGGCGCGGCGUUGACGGUGCUGGUGGCGAGCAAGGCAGGCCUGCCCGUCUCCACCACACACUGCAAGGUCGGCUCCGUGGUCUGCGUCGGAUACUUCUCCGAGAAAUCAGUCGAUUGGAGUCUCUUCAGGAAUAUAAUAUUCGCGUGGUUGGUGACAGUGCCGGCGGUGGCGGGAAUGGCGUCGCUUGUAAUGCUUGCCUUGGAGAAGUUCGUUGUCUAAGCACGUGCAUGCGUCAAUUCGUAUCUAAAUAUAAGUCGCGCGACACUUUGUAGGGCAAGAUGUCAACUAGAUAGAUGAAUGUUUCCAACAGGAUCCACAUUUUACAGCCCAAGUAAUUCUAUUUCAAUAGAUUUUUGUGUUUUUGCUUUAUUUGAUAUCUCAAUAGGAAUCCCUCCGUACACAAGGUAAAGUAAAUGUUCGAAACCAAUAUUGCAUUCUUGCGUUGCGAGUCUCGUUGAAUCGAAAUCUAUUCAAAAUAUUAUUCGAAAUGUCAACUAGGUAUGGAUUGGGUCCACCAUCUUGAAAAUCGCAGCAACUUCUCUCACGACGGUCUGAAGAAACAGGUUGCGAGCGACUAGUUUUGGCGAUUAAAAUACAAAAGAUCGAUGACGCGUGCCUGUGUACGCACCUCCAUAACAUUGUAAUGUACUAAAAUCGCCAGGAUUUGAAACUAUACGUUAUCUUGUGUACGAAUGGCCUUAUAGUACAAUAACGUUUAACUUACUGUAUUACAAUUCACCUUAUUAAUUCCUUCUUGAAGAAAACAUUCCAUUAAAAACAACUGCCCUGAUUUUUUCUAAGAUUUCGCCGGACGAAAGUUAAUUUAGGAGAGAUGUGUAAUUUGCUUUUUGUUUGGAAAGUGUUUUACUGCAUCUGCGUUAAUAAUGUGUGAUUCUACAGUAGUUAGAGUUAGAGGCGUUGUGUUAGACAUCAUUUAAGUUACCAAAAUUACUUUAAUAAUAACUGUACUUACUUACUGUAGUAUCUAUAAAGUUAUAUGUAUGUCAUAGAAAAGCACAGUAUUUUAAC